AUGCAGAGAGCAUUAUCUCUGAUCACUAAGAGUCAAAGAGACUUCAGUCAUGGACCUUACAACCCACUUCAUUACAAGGCUCAUUUAGUCCCAGAACAAUUGCCUUCAACUGAUGACAUCUAUGCCAAUAUUAAGACUUUCCACUCAACCCCUCCUCCUCCCAUCUACAAUAUGAGACAUAUCCAUCCAGUUAGAUAGUCCGGACCUAUUCCACCAUAUGACGGACCCUGGACAAUGGAAGACAUCAAAAAGUUAUAUGGAGAAAUGAGAGCUCCUUGGGAUCACACUGCUCAAAGUACAGAUAUUGAGGAGUUGAUGAGAAGAGUUCCAGGACUUACAAGAAGAGAAGCACUCAGAAUUCAAUAAUUAGGUCUUACUCCAACUGAAGAAGUUGAUUAUGCUUACCUAGUUGUCAAUCUCGGUAUUGAUGUCUUCUAUGAAGCCAAUCAAGCUUAUGUUUGCAGAUAAGUAGUCACCAAUUCAAAAGGAGAGAAGGUUGAAGUACUCUGGCCAUCUGCCACUUACGAUGAAAUGACCAUGAUGGUUUAUGGAAAUGCUCCCAUUUGGGAAAUGCAUGAAAAUCCUUGGGAUCCAAUUCCAGGUGAGCUUCCAAUUAGAGUUCACCCAGAUUACGAUUUGGGAGUUCCAUACACCUGGUUCGAGUACGAGAUGGAUUCCAGAAUCCAUUACUUGAUGACUGAAGAUCAAAUGUACAUUCCAGAAGAUGCAAGACCAUUCCCCUCUGUUAAAAAUCCACACGCUCACAGUCACAUGUGGAAGUCACAAGAAAACUUAAUAGAAGAAGAUGAGAUGCGUGAUCCCAACUGGUAUCCAAAGGACACCUACUACAACAUUUACAAUAGACCAGACUUCCAAAGAGACGAAAACUCUAAAGCUCUCAAGGAGCAUAGCAAUAUUUGGUGA